AUGGUUGAAAUUUUCUCGAUGGUCGUUUCUGCUCCUUGCAGAGCUGUUCUUUUGAAAGGGACAGCGAACGCGCUCAAUGUCGAGCACUCGAUCAAAAACAUCAAUUUGAUGAAGCAGGAGCAAAUGGCCGAAGAUUUCGUCGCAAUGAAUCCUGCUCAUGUUGUUCCGACAAUCAAGGAUGGCGACUUUGUUCUUUGGGAAUCAAGGGCGAUUUUGCAGUACCUGUGCAACAAGUACGACAAGGAGAACAAGUUCUACCCAGUUGACGCUCAAGCCCGCGCUAGAGUCGACUACCUUUUGAACUUUGAUCUCGGAACUCUGUACAAAGCUAUCGGCGAAUACGUCUACCCCAUCUGGCUCUACAAACAAGCCCCUGACGCGGAAAAACUUAAGGCGAUGGAAGCCAAAUUCGAAUUCAUCGAGCAACAUCUUCUCAAAGGCGCUUAUCUCAACGGAGAUUCACCAACCAUCGCUGACAUUUCUAUUUCCUGCUCUCUUUACGUCCCCACCUUUGUUGGCUUCAAGUUCUGCCCCGAAAAAUACCCGAAGAUCACAGCUUUCCGAGAGAAAAUGGCGACAUUUGCGAAUAACGAAGAGCUGUCAGCUCAAAUUGCUGAAUGUAUGAAAGCAAUGAUGGCUGCUGAAGAGAAAUCCGAAUGA